GUUUAAAAGAGUGGGAAGUGGGAAUCAACUAACCCUGUGAGAUCUGCAGACAUGUCAGGCAAGCCAGUGUGCAUAGCAGAUUUUGAGGAAUAUGCUAGAACCUUUCUGCCCAAAUCCGUGUACGAUUAUUACCGAUCCGGAGCAGAUGACCAGGAAACACUGGCAGAUAAUGUUGCAGCCUUUUCCAGGUGGAAGCUGUACCCCCGGGUUCUCAGGGACGUGUCAGUGAUGGACCUGUCCACCUCGGUUUUGGGGCAGAGGGUCACCAUGCCCGUGUGCGUCGCCGCCACCGCRAUGCAGCGCAUGGCUCACCCGCAGGGAGAGACGGCGACAGCCAGAGCCUGCCAGGCCGUGGGGACAGGGAUGAUGCUGAGCUCCUGGGCCACCUCUUCCAUUGAGGAGGUGGCUGAGGCAGCUCCGGGCGGCCUUCGCUGGCUGCAGCUGUACGUGUACAAGGACCGGCAGGUCACGGAAUCGCUGGUGCGGCGCGCCGAGAGAGCCGGAUACCGAGGGAUCUUCGUCACCGUGGACACCCCGUACCUCGGCCGGCGCGUCGCYGACGUGCGCAACAAGUUCCAGCUUCCCCCACACCUCAGAUUAAAAAACUUUUCCAGCAGUGACCUGGCAUUUUCCUCCGGGAAAGACUUUGGAGAAAACAGCGGGCUGGCUGUGUAUGUGGCUGAGGCCAUCGAUGCCAGMGUCAACUGGGAGGACAUCAAGUGGCUCCGGGGGCUGACCUCGCUGCCCAUCGUGGUGAAAGGAAUUCUCAGGGCUGAUGAUGCCAAAGAAGCUGUAAAGAUUGGGGUAAAUGGGAUCCUGGUAUCAAAUCAUGGAGCACGGCAGCUCGACGGGGUCCCUGCUACUAUUGAUGUCUUGCCUGAAAUUGUGGAUGCUGUGGAGGGGAAGGUGGAGGUGUUYCUGGAUGGUGGUGUAAGAAAAGGCACGGACGUUCUCAAAGCACUGGCUCUCGGUGCCAAAGCUGUUUUCAUUGGAAGACCCCUCCUCUGGGGAUUGGCUUAUCAAGGUGAAGAAGGAGCAAAAGAAGUUCUCCAGAUGCUGAAGGAAGAGUUUCGCCUGGCAAUGGCACUGACGGGAUGCCGGAGAGUAGAAGAAAUUGGCAGGACACUGAUACGAAGACAUCAAGUAUUGUUUUCCAAGAUUUAGGUCUGAAGACUCUUGCCUCGUGCACUGCCUGUUGUGCUUCCAGACAAAAUCCAAAUGCGUUCCCUCUGUGGGCCUCAUCCUGCARUCCUGACUGAGGGAAGGCUCUGCUCUGUAGGAGAUCACUUGUUGAAGAAAGGACUCAAAGCAAAUUUUACAGGUGUUUCCAAAUUUCUCAUGCUCUUAAGGAAAGCUCUGCUGGGAGGUGCUAUUAGAGAUGGGACUUUGUACCAAGACCAACGUAGAAACUUUGAUGUGUUUUGCAACAAAUGCUGAUAUUAAUUUCCAUGCCUGUGAGUAAUUUAGCUGUGAAUGUGAAACUACAAACAGAAAUGUUUUGAUAGCAAACAGAAAUGCUGAAAUUUAAAAUGCAAAAGAUACUUCUUGCUCACUGUUUAGAGAAACUAGAUUGCAGACUGUAGAGAUUAAAUCUUGCUUUCUUAUGAACAGAGUGUCCUUUCUCAAGUGACUCUGUGCUAGGACUUUGUAAGCAUCUGGGCUUGUGGCACGUAGGCUGUAGGAGCCCAGAGGACUCUUAGUUGUAAGGCACCAAAGAACAAUGCAAAAUUGGGGGAAAUUGGGGAAAUUCUGCUGUUUUAAGUGGCACAAACCCCUCUGCAAUAAGWUGAAGUUUAUAUAUGUGCAUGAGAUAUAGGUGAUAUCCUCAGCUAAUGCAAAUCCCUGUAGCCCAAACUGUGCCUGCUGCAUCCACCUGGAGCUCCAAAUUACAUUUUUCACCUGGAUUCAUCUGCUAACAGUUCUAGGGAAGGCCGAUGCUGCCUGGGAGAGUUUGUAGAAUUUGCARCCAUGUGCAGAAAAGAAACUUGAAUAAUUGAGGCAUUAACCCGUGACUUGGGAAGAGUUUAGUUACUGGUUCUAUGUAGUUUCCAGGCACACCCUUAAGUCAGAUAAAUCCUAAUAUUAUUCACUGUGCUUAUGGUGAGGAUGUAGAGACACACAGGACUGUGCCUCUGUUCUCUAAACAAUCUAAAUAUCCACAGAAUUCAGGACAAAUUUUGCAACUGUAAAGAACAAGGAAGGUACAACUUUACUGUUCUUAUCUUGGGYAAAACUGAGUGUAGCUCUUCACUUGUCUCACUUUCCUUACAGUGUUACAGGGAGCAGGGAGAGGCCACACAGGUUUUGAAUAUUUUGCUGUGAAAAUUAAUGAUCAUUUUUAAAGAAGACUAAAAAAGAGAAAAAUUCCUUAAUUUCAUGGUUUCACUGACAUCACCAGCUCCACCAUUUGUUUCCCAUCAGCCUCUGAAGGACUCGUGCAUUCUGACUCUCCCACUUUGUUAGGUUUGAAAUAUCCCUUACUGAGCAUUAGAGGCAGCUUUGUAAUGAAAUGAUGGAAUAUUAUAAUGUGAACUAAAGCUGGGGCUGGAACUCAAAAUGGGGAGAAAACCCAAAAGGCCAUAUGCUUGCCCUCCAGUUGUAAAAUUUGUACUCUUAUUUACUGCCGAAUGUGGUCUGUUGUGUGAGUUGCRUAGCAACAAAAUAAAGUUUAUCUGUGCAAGGAAAUAUGAAUGUUUCUCAGAGCACAGAGGAGCAUAAUUUCUGCUGUUUACUGCACUUAUCAUAUCUAUUGCAAUGUGGACUGUGUCAGAUGUCAAUUACAGACUAACUUUGGAAAGAMUGUUUAUUUGAGAUAAUAUAAAUGUUACUUAAAAGAUAGGGGCAUAGUAUCUUAUGUUUACAUGUUUAAGAUCUAUUUCUAAAGCUUAGAAGAUGCAGUUUCCUGUCUUUGCCCCAACCAGAUUCGAGGAAAGUUCUGAAACUCUGUGGUUCAGUAGAAGUUCUGAUGGUGAGGAAACCAGUUUCAUUACUUGUGCGUAAUUCACUGUUUCUAGUUCUUCUGGGAUAAGGGGCUUACAUUGUUUUUUCCUGCUUGUUAUCUAAGAAUUGUCUGACUGCCUUCCAGUGCAAYCCCAGUAAGACUAGACAUGCAUUAAAAAUUAAAAUUAGAGCCAAAUACUGAAGGGCUAUGAGACUGUUAACAGGAAGUAAGUUCAUUUGCCUGGUAGAAUUCUGUUUUCAAAAUAUUCCUCAGUGAAGAGAAUUUAUUUUGAUUUUGAGACAGCCAAACACAACUACCUUUGGAAAUUAUUUAAAAAAAAGUAGGAAUUCUGUUUGGUUUGGGUUAAAAAGCAGAAAGACCGAGUGUUCUGAACCAUUUUAAAAGAUGAACAAUGUCCAGGCUAAGAAAAAAAUCUAUCCCCACACUUGCUUCACCUGGAGAAGCUGAGAAAAAAACCAGAGCACACAGAACAGGUGGUAGUAGAUAUUUCUGUGAUUGGUGAGAGUGUUUCUGAGGAGAACAUAAGUAAUAUAGCAAACAAAAAAAAAUAGGUCUUUGUGAAAUACAUUAAGUAGAAAAUUAUUUGUCUUAAGUAACAAGUGAAUCCAACAAAUUCUUAGGAACAAUUAGUCACAGUCCUUAGAUCAAGGCAUGGAAGUAGAGUGGAAUAGAAAUAUUUUGCAUUUAUGAUGUUUUAGUAUAUCUGUCUAUCCAAAUGUCAAAUAACAAACAUGGUGGGUUUAAUGGUGAAAUUAUUUUCUGUCUUGACUGUGGCUCCAUAUUAAGCCACAGGUGCAAAGAAAAAAGGUCUACAUAGAAAAAGUCUAAUAAGGGGAGAACUGUGAGUGAAAUUUCUGUACCCAGAAAGACAGCACUCAACUGGUGUUCUGAGUACUGAGAAAAAAAAACCCAACUGAUCUGGGAGGCUGGUGAGCCAUCUGAACRGGGCUCUCUAACCACCUCCUGAAAUGGACCAGGAACAUUCCCUGGAAAAAAAGAUUGCAGCUCUUAAUGAGAGAAUAUUUAUCGGAUGGGUUGUGAAGAGAGAAGAGACCAAAAGCAAAACSUGAGGGUAUGAAAGAAGGGGAGGAUCCUGUGCUUUUUAGGAGAAAGUGGUACUUCCCAAGAGGUUAAGAUGUGAGGCAGGCUCUUACAUACUGGUGUGUCAURUUCAGUCUAUGUGUGGAUUUCUCUGCUGCUGGCAGUUCAGAAAUUUCCCUUUUUGGAAGCAUCCCCACCAUGUUGUCUCCUUAGACCCAGUGAGCUCAUGGAGAAUUAAACCCACUGAAGAGUGUGUGGAAGAGUGUGGCAUUCUCUGCAGGAUGUGUGGAGGUUUGGAGCGGCUUCAGCCCUGGUUUGGGAUCUCAACAACUAGACUGAAGACAUGCAUUUUUAGCAUAUUUAGUCCUAAAGAAAUCAAUCUGUUUCAAAAUGACAGGGUCAGUGAAAUAGGCUGUGCUGUUUUCUGGACAGCUGAUAGAUYACAUCAGGGCUGGACAUGCAGG